CUUUCUGCCUCGCCGAUAUUGCCUUCCGUCGAUGGCCGAUUUCUACGCGCGCGAACCAAUCCGCCUACAUCUAGCCUCCCGCCACGAGGCUGUGCCUAAGCAUUAACGACCCUCCCCGCGCCUUGGACCUUGUGAUCGGUUUCUAGCUUCCUUUAUCUCAAGUCCUCCUCCGUACGCAACAUGUCUGACCCUAGUAAGGGUGAGCCCGAGGGCACGCCACGGAGAGCAAGAGCCCCUACUAUUACAAUCGAUACGACGAAUGACACCGAGCCCGCAGCCGCUGUUCCUCAACAUUCGCCUGUAUCCCCUCACGACGAACCCAUAAGUCCAACUGCAUUAGCUGCGAGUUGGACAUCUGAAAAGACUACUGCUCCAUUAGGAUCUCAGUCCUCUAACUUGAGUAUCAAAGGAGAGGCACGGCCAAGCCAUUCUUUUGAUAGCACCAGGGAUAGUCGGCCAACGAGCCCGCACAACGUUUCUAGUCCAGUAACCUCGAGGGGAACUGAAAAGGGCCAGGCUUUUCUUUCUGUACCGGACCACCACCGUUCGAGACAGAAUUCGGUCGAUAGCGAAGAUGGAUCAAGGUCGAUUAGUUCCUCGCAAGGUGAUACUGUGACGGCGUCAUGGCCAGGCGAGAAGAGCAGCACGACGAAACAAUCUUUCGACAACGAGAAGAUUAUGAAGGACGAGAAUGCCUUGAAACCAGACCAAGGCAAAGAGGCCGAUUUCCAGGUGGAGAACAACCCUUUUGCGUAUAGUCCCGGCCAACUUACAAAGAUGUUUAACCCAAAGAGUCUAUCUGCUUUUUACCAGCUAGGAGGGCUUGUCGGAAUGGAAAAGGGGCUCCGUACUAAUCGCGAUACCGGUCUAAGCCCAGACGAGAAGCAGUUGGAUGGAAAAGUCUCAUUCGAACAAGCGACAAACCGUACACCACCCAAACUGGCUAAUGAAGGGUUAGAAAGCCCACAAACGCCAGUCACUCGGUCAGAUACCGCGCGUGGGCAUGGAUCUGAUGAGCAGUUUUCUGACAGAAAACGUGUUUACGGAGAUAAUCGAAUUCCCGAGAAGAAAGGCAAGAGCUUUUUACAGUUGGUCUGGAUUACUUACAAUGACAAGGUCUUAAUCCUGCUUUCCGUUGCCGCCAUUGUAUCACUUGCCGUGGGUUUGUACCAAACAUUUGGUGCGGAACAAAAGAAUGGGGAGCCAUCUGUCGAGUGGAUCGAAGGUGUAGCUAUCAUCGCGGCCAUUGUCAUUGUGGUGCUGGUUGGAUCUCUCAACGAUUGGCAAAAGGAGAGACAGUUCGCCAAGCUCAACAGGAAGAAACAGGACCGACUCGUUAAAGUGAUCCGCGCGGGAACUACCGUCGAGAUAUCGAUUUAUGACCUUCUAGCUGGCGACGUAGUUCACCUAGAGCCUGGUGAUUUAAUCCCCGUUGAUGGUAUCCUCAUCCAGGGCUUCAAUGUCAAGUGUGACGAAUCUCAAGCGACAGGUGAAUCGGAUAUAAUCCGCAAGAGACCUGGCGAUGAUGUAUUUUCCGCGAUUGAAAAUGGCGAGGAUACGAAGAAGCUAGAUCCUUUCAUUCAAUCUGGAGGCAGAGUGAUGGAAGGCGUAGGAACCUUCCUCGCAACGUCGACAGGUAUUCAUUCCAGUUACGGCAAGACCAUGAUGUCUCUGAGCGAGGACCCGGAGAUCACGCCGCUUCAGUCUAAGCUCAACGUUAUCGCCGAAUAUAUCGCAAAAUUGGGAGGCGCUGCCGGUUUACUUCUAUUUAUCGUCCUCUUCAUCAUGUUUCUGGUCCGCCUGCCUUCGAACUAUUACCUGUCGCCUUCCGAGAAAGGUCAGCAAUUUAUCAAUAUUUUCAUCGUCGUGGUCACUAUUAUCGUCGUCGCGGUGCCCGAGGGCUUGCCUCUUGCGGUUACGCUAGCGCUAGCUUUCGCCACCAAUCGUAUGAUUAAGGACAAUAACCUGGUGCGGCACUUGAAAGCUUGCGAGGUCAUGGGAAAUGCGACAACUAUCUGCUCUGACAAGACUGGUACCUUAACACAAAACAAGAUGACGGUUGUUGCGGGAACGAUCGGCACCUCUCAUCGGUUUGGAAGCGGAAUUUCGAAGGAGGGAGAAGGAAGUGGUCCUGAUGAACGAUCAGAGAAGGAAUUUGCUAGUACUCUAAGCAAGCCAACUCAGGAAAUCCUACUCAAGUCUAUCUCUCUCAACUCCACGGCCUUCGAAGGCGAGGUUGACGGUGUCAAAACAUUCAUUGGAUCGAAAACAGAGACCGCCAUGCUGGAAUAUGCAAAGGCCUAUCUUGGCAUGGGACCAGUGAGCGAGGAACGAUCAAACGCCAAAACAUUACAGCUUAUUCCAUUCGAUUCCGGCCGAAAGUGCAUGGGUAUUGUGGUUCAACUUGAAAACGGUACAGCCCGCUUGUACGUCAAGGGAGCGUCAGAGAUCGUCCUCGGAAAAUGUUCAGCGAUUCUACGUGACCCUACUCGAGACACAUCAAGCACCGGCAUGAGCAUCGACGACACAGAACAGAUCAAAGGUCUCAUCGAAAAUUACGCAUCUCGGUCUUUACGAACCAUUGGAAUUGCCUACCGCGAUUUUGAGAGAUGGCCGCCACGGAAUGCCAGACGUGCUGAAGGAAGCCAAAACGAAGUCAUUUUCGAGGACAUUUUUAAGCAGAUGGUAUUCGUCGGAAUGGUUGGCAUUCAGGAUCCUCUUCGCGAUGGUGUCCCCGAGGCGGUUAAACAAUGCCAGAGAGCUGGCGUGGUUGUUCGCAUGGUUACCGGCGAUAACAAGCUCACCGCUGAGGCUAUCGCGAAAGAGUGUGGCAUUUUGACAGAUGGGCUUGUUAUGGAAGGUCCAGAGUUCCGCAAUCUUAGUAAGCACCGACAGAACGAAAUCAUUCCGCAACUUCGCGUACUCGCGCGUUCUAGUCCCGAAGAUAAACGAAUCCUUGUGCGUCGCCUCAAGGACAUGGGCGAGACUGUUGCUGUCACAGGCGACGGGACGAACGACGCGCCCGCUUUGAAAUUGGCAGACGUCGGAUUUUCCAUGGGUAUUUCCGGCACUGAGGUGGCAAAAGAGGCAUCUGCUAUCAUCCUCAUGGAUGACAAUUUUACCAGUAUUGUAAAGGCUCUGAAAUGGGGUCGAGCCGUCAACGACGCUGUGAAGCGAUUCUUGCAAUUCCAGCUUACAGUCAACGUGACUGCCGUCGUAUUAACUUUUGUCACGGCCGUCUCCAGUAGUGAUGAAGGCUCCGUGCUUACGGCAGUCCAGCUUCUCUGGGUUAACUUGAUCAUGGAUACUCUCGCAGCGCUUGCCCUCGCCACCGACCCUCCUCAGGAUAGUUGCUUGGACCGAAAACCAGAGCCGAGAGGUUCUAGCAUCAUCUCGAUCACGAUGUGGAAGAUGAUCCUCGGACAGGCCAUUUACCAAUUGGCGAUUACCUUCAUACUGUACUAUGCUGCAGAAACUAUCGGUAUAGUUGAUGAAGACACGCGGCGCAACACUCUAGUUUUCAACACCUUCGUAUGGAUGCAGAUUUUCAACCAAUGGAACAACCGUCGACUAGACAACCAGUUCAACAUUUUUGAAGGCUUGUUCCAGAAUUGGUACUUCAUUGCCAUCAACCUCGCAGUGUCGGGUGCUCAAGUCCUCAUCAUCUUCGUUGGUGGAACUCCUUUCAGCAUUUCCGGGCAAGAUCCGCCACAGACGUCUGGCCAGUGGGGUUGUGCAAUCGUUCUCGGGUUUAUUUCCAUACCCGUGGGUAUCAUCAUCCGUUUGAUCCCAGAUGAGCUGAUUAGGAAGUGUAUUCCUGCAUCACUGAGGAAGAAGCGUGGCAUUCCCGGAUUGACAAUCUCAGACGAGGAACGCUUCAAUGAUUAUCCCGAGGUCCUUGCGGAUGUUAGAGAUGAGCUUGCAUUCCUUAAGAAACUCAAGGGUGGUCGUCUUAACAAUUUGAAAUUCGCCGUAAAACAUCCUCGCGAGACCUUUAUUUCGAAGACGAGGAGCCCGUCUCACUCGCGUUCGAACUCGAUAAGGGUGCCACAGACCCCGACACGCGAAGAUAGUUUCAGCUCUCCCUCGCCAGCCCCGACGCCGGAUUCUAGGAAACGUUCUCGGUCUAUGAGAUCGAGGUCGAACUCAGCAUUAGGCGCCCCUACGGUUAUGGCAGGGAUUAUUGCUGGCAGCGUGGCCGCAGGAUGGUCUCCGAUCGAGAGGACUGGGGAUCGCGAUUUCACGCAGCCUCCUCGUCCAUCGCCAUCGCCAUUAUCAACCCGAGACAACAGUGAGCUAGAACCGGCACCGAUCUUAACAGAGGAGCCCGCACAGAUUCAAGACCUUGGCUCAUCUACCGUACCCCGGCUCAGCGUCCCCCAGCCACCCCAGAAGCAGAAGUCUAUUUCUUAGGCGGUAUGAAGGAACUUUUUGUCUGGAUCGACCAAGCUCGACUGCACCUGAUAUUAAGACAUGCGGAGGCAGCGAGAAUAUACGCACGAAGAGCGAGCGAAGUAUCCGAAGACAACCUAUAUUCUAAUUGUAAUCUACGUCUUCUCACAGCCUGACCGUUGGCAACUAUAGUUGCUCGUCUGGCAAUACUUCUUCUCUAAUACGCUCACCAACCCCGGCAGGGCUUAUGGGAAAGACUACGUCCCCGGAGUCCUAUCGUGGAGCAUGGCCGCCGUGGCCGAAAGGCAGGUCGUCUUGGCGUCCAUCGUGGGGAUGAGUAAUGCGUAACUUCGCAGCUCCGGAUUCGUGGGUCGCCGGGGUUGAGAAUGUGGGCUACCUAGUUAUUAAGGCGAACUAGGCUCGGGGGUUCCUGUCAGGGUAAAGGGAUUUUUAGGAAAUAAGGAGUUCUCUGUUGGGGGGCUCCUUCGUGUUUGAUCAAAUCGCGCGCGUGGUUUAUAGGCUUCUAGGUCUGAGGAUACACAAUAUUACAUGCUAUAGAUAAAAACAUGGACGGCACGCGGCUAAUAGAAGGUCGCUCGUUCUUUCUUCUUUGUGCGUAGGGAGUUGGGUUUGGUUAAAGGGGUCAGGAUCGAAGGCCAUAGAUAAGACAAUGUGCUAAAACAGAGAAAAAGUACUAAAACCAGUUGCGACGUCGACCUUGGUGACUUGCUAGGUUUC